GCCACUCACUUGCGCUCCAAUCGUCUUGUAUUUCUUGCCUACCUGUAUCUACGUGCAGAUAUAUAUACAUAUCGAGGGGGAGAGAUCAACCCAUAGCCAGUCUCGAGUCCCUUACGAGUGGCAGCCUAUUCCAUUCGCAACGAAGCUGACAAACCAUGGCUUCCAACCUUUCCACCCAGGCUUAUGCAAAACUGUCAGCAACUUCCAUCCAGCAAAUCUCGUCCUGGUCGUGGCUGUGGUCUCGAUACCUUGUACCUGCCCUUGUGGCGUACCCUUUUCUGUGCUCGUUCCUACGUUUCCGCCGGCUGAAGUCACUUCAGGCCAAGUACAAAUAUGGAACCCCGGAACACCCGUCCUUCGAAGGCAUGACGGAGCAGGAGGCCCACGACAUCCUCUCAGCGGUCAGCGACCUGGAAUUUCCGGCCUUGUUCGAGAAGGGUUUACAAUUCGCGCUCUUCCGAACGUACGGCAUUCCCAGCAUCAGCGAGCUCCUCGUCAAGACGACACAGCUGUCCACGAGUAAGAACGUGGGCAAGCGCUACGCGGACACCGGCGUGCUCUUAUCGGACAUGUACGGCGCCGACCCGGACAGUGAGCGGUGCCACGAAGGGUACGCUCGGCUCAACUAUCUGCACGGCCACUACAUCAAGCAGGGCAAGAUCAGCAACGACGACAUGCUGUACACCCUGUCGCUGUUCUUGAACCAACCGGUCGAGUGGGUGGGCAGGUAUGAAUGGCGACAGUUUUCCGACCUCGAGAAGUGCGCCAUGGGCGUGCACCACAAGUCCAUGGGUGACGGCAUGGCCAUUUCUUUCGAACCCUUGCCGUCGUACUCGACUGGAUGGAAGGACGGCUUGCACUUUUAUCGCGAGCUGGACGAAUGGGCAAAGGAGUACGAGAAGAAGCACAUGGUGCCUCACAAGAACAACUACGACACGGCGGUGCAGACGAGAAACCUUUUGAUCAAUGCCUACCCGUCCUUUAUGAAAGGCAUGAUGACCAAGAUGGUCAGUGCACCCUUGGACGACAGACUGAGGGAAGCCAUCAUGUUCGAAAAGGCCCCUCCCAGCUAUACGAAGUUCUUGAACAAUUUCAUGGAGCUGAGGCGGUUCUUCUUACGAUACCUGGCGCUGCCGAGACCCAAGUUCAUGAUCAAUCAACUGUUGACGAAGACACCCGACCAAAAUGGCCGGCGGUAUAUUGUGAGGUGGGACACGACACCGACGUACGUGAAACCAACACUGUGGAAUCGAUGGGGACCAGGUGCGAUGGUGAAUAUGCUCAUUGGCAUCCCGAGACCGGGAGACAAGGACAUGUACCCUGAAGGUUUCGAGGUGAAGAACGUUGGUCCCCUGGCGUUUGCAAACGGCAAAGGUGAGAAGGAAAUGCAGAUGACCAAGGAGAGACUGAAGCGAGAAAGGACGGGAGGUUGUCCAUUCGCAAUGAGAUGAGUUUGGUUGGGAGGGUUUGGGAAGAUCAAAUUUUUGCUUGCUCCCUGGGUACGGAUACUCGUAGGAGAGAGAAGACUCUUUUGACUCCGCUCCGCCCUGUGGCAUAUAUUUUCUUUUGUUUUGUGGCACGUAUGAUCUAUUGAUGGAUCUGAUGGAUCUGUGAAAAUACUCAUCUCAUAUGCCGACACCGGAUAUCAAGUCUAUGAAUUGCUUGUCGCUGCUGAAGAGCCUCCAUACCAUGGUUAAGUGAGGCCGCUUGAGUACGGAUAGCGGACUUCUCCAUUGUAC